AUGGCUGAUCAUUGGCAAGAUGUUAAUAUACCAAAACCUCAAAUUGUUGAUGAUGACGAUGCUCCUGAUGAUUGGGAAACUGCAUUAGAAGAAAAAGCUAAAAUAUCAGAUGUUGAAGAAAAACCAAAAGCAGCUAAGAGUACGUCAAGUAAAAAGAAAGUUAAUGCUGGUGACGAAUCUCAGAAAAUUAUUAAACAACCCGAUGGAGAUUAUACACCAGAAGAACUUGAUCAAAUAAGGGCAAAGGAAGAAAUAAAAGAAGAACAAGAAAAAUUAACUGAGGUAGAAGAAUUAGUUGAUGAAAAUGGCAAAGUUCGAUCGUUGGAUGAUCUUGAUUUAAUUAAAAAAAGUGAAUUUCUCAAUUACAGUCUUCGUUUAGCUAGUCGUCUUGAAGUUGUAUCAAAUUCUGAAUUUUAUACGGAUUUUAUUGAUAAUUUUCUUACUGGUAUAACAAAUUCAAUGUCAGUUGAUGGUGUUAAACGUUUAACAACAACAUUACAAACAAUAAAUAUACGAAAACAAGGUGAAGAACGUGAGAGAAAGGCAAAAGCAAAAGCUAAAAACAAAGCUAAACCACAAUUGAAAGCUAUUAAACAAUCCGACUAUAAAGGUUUUGGUGCUGAUGUCGGUCACGAUUAUGAUCAAGACAAUGAUUAUGAUGAUGAGGAUUUUAUGUAA